CCUACCAAAGAAGAAAAAGAAAUCUUUUGUUUCUCUACCACAAAAGAGCCUAUCAUCGAAAAGGCCAGCACAAGUACGAGAUGUGGUAACAACUUGCAAGUGGUGACGCACAAUCGUGUUCACGUUAAUAUCAUGGUAACAAAGGGUCUCCAGAACCAAGAAACAAUUAGCAGAAAGCUCCCCAAACAGAGGAAACCCAGAAAAAUUAAAUAAGAAAGAGUGGUGGAAUUGGAAUUGAAUAAGGGCACGUUACAGUUUCCGAAAUUGCCACAUUUGACUCAGAAGAAGACAAAUUAAGCUGGUAAAAGAUUGAACGUGCGAAAUAGAAUUUGGAGCACGCCGUUUGCAUUCCACCUAACUCCACCGCUCAGUUAGCUGGUCACAAUAUCAACCAGUCACCUAAAUGAGUCGCUCAUUGAAAGCUUUCAACAAACACCUUACUCUCCUCCCUCUCCCUCUACACCUACGCACUUUUUCUACCCAUCCCUUCAUAACUUCCUCUUCUUUCCCUCUUUUCCCACAUCACGUUUCCUUCCCCAGGUUCUCUUUCGCUCACCUUCGUCCACUCUCGACAUCUGCACCUGCGACAUUAAUGGAGGUGGUGAGAGCAAUUGCUAGGCAAGAACCUGCAGUUCAUGAAAAUGUUGCUAUCAGAGCUGAUCAGAAGAGUUAUAGUUACAAGGAACUCAUCUCAACAGCACAGCAGAUAUCUGAUCUCUUGUGUGGCGGUGAUGCACUAACAGGAAAUCUUGGUGGAGCUCGAAUAGGAAUUGUAGCCAAGCCCUCUGCUGAAUUUGUUGCUGGAAUAAUUGGGGUUUGGCUCAGUGGAGGUGUUGCUGUUCCCCUUGCAACCAGCUAUCCAGAAGUAGAGCUCUUGUAUGUGAUUGAUAAUUCGGAUAUAUCUGCAAUACUGAGUACUGAAGAGCAUAGCGAAUUAAUGCAAAGCGUAGCCAAUAAAAGCUCUUCCAAGUUUUUUCAUCUUCCAUCUGUUGUCAACAUUUCUUCAGAGAACAACAGAAAUGGACACUCACAGAAUGGGAAUGGGAAAAUUCACGAAGACAGGAUUUAUUUGGAUGAUAUCAUAGGAGGAUCAAGUGAAGAAGAUCCAGCACUGAUUUUGUACACCAGUGGGACUACAGGUAAACCUAAGGGUGUUGUUCAUACACACAAAAGCAUCAUUUCCCAGGUCCAAACUUUGGCAAAAGCAUGGGAGUACACAUCUGCUGACAAGUUUCUGCAUUGUCUACCACUACAUCAUGUUCAUGGGCUUUUCAAUGGUUUAAUGGCCCCUCUCUAUGCAGGCUCCUCGGUUGAGUUUUUGCCAAAAUUUAGUGUGAGGGGAGUUUGGCAGAGAUGGCGUGAGUCAUAUCCAACUGAUGGUUCUAAGGCUGAUGAUGCUAUAACCGUGUUCACUGGAGUUCCAACUAUCUAUGCCCGACUCAUACAAGGUUACAAUGCAAUGGAUCCUGAGCUUCAACAGGUUUCAGCAUCUGCUGCAAAUAACUUGCGUCUUAUGAUGUGUGGGUCCUCAGCGCUUCCACUACCUGUUAUGCAAGAAUGGGAAGCCAUCACUGGGCAUCGCUUAUUGGAACGAUAUGGCAUGACUGAAUUUGUUAUGGCAUUGUCAAAUCCAUUGAAAGGUGAGCGCAAGCCAGGGACUGUGGGCAAACCAUUUCCUGGUAUACAGGUCAAGAUCAUUGCAGAUGAAGAGAGUGAGAAUGACAAAAAUGUAAUGGGUGAACUUUGCGUUAAAAGCCCUUCAUUGUUUAAAGAAUAUUGGAAACUUCCUGAGAUAACGAAGGAAUCAUUUACUGAUGAUGGAUUCUUCAAGACUGGAGACGCAGUUACUACAGAUGAAGACGGAUAUUACAUCAUUUUAGGACGUACUAAUGCUGAUAUAAUCAAGGCUGGUGGCUAUAAGUUAUCUGCAUUAGAAAUUGAAUCAGUAAUCAUAGAGCAUCCAGCUAUCUUAGAAUGCUGCGUUUUAGGAUUACCAGACAACGACUAUGGAGAGAUUGUAGGUGCAAUCGUUGUGCCACAUGCUGAUGCUAAAAAGAAGAGAGAUCAAGAAUCAAAGCCUGUUCUAAGCCUAGAAGAAUUAACCAUAUGGGCCAAAGACAAAAUUGCACCUUACAAGAUUCCAACUAAACUAAUCCUGUGGGAAAAACUCCCUCGUAAUGCCAUGGGGAAGGUAAAUAAAAAGGAGCUGAAGAAGCUGGUGGUUUCAGAAACAGUGAACACCAUUUGAGCAUUAUUCAGUGGUCAAAGUUUAAUGUUGUGAAGCCAGUUUUUAAAGAUGGUGGAAAUCUCAAAUAAAAUUUCACCAAUUAUUUAUUGAAGUAGAAACCUCUGUAUUCUCUCAUUUAUUAAGUUCAAUAAGUUUUAGCAUUUUAUGAGAGGUAGAUAAAGGAAAAAAAAAUAUCAGUAAGUUUAGCAAAUUUAGCUUUAUUUAUGAAGGUGAUUGAUUGAAUGUAUUUAAUGAAAAACAUUCAUUAAAAGUAAAAAAAAAAAUGUAAUAUUUAGCUAUUCAGUUUUUUUAGUACUC